AUGAGGACAUGCUCCAUGUGCUAUUCUAACUUGCAAGUACCAAAGUUGGGUCUUCAGUCAUCUUCUCUUGGAUUAACAUCUUUAGGCAGAAGAGCAACAAUAACCACCAUAAGUCAACCACUUUUAAAAUGCUUAAGAAGCAUACAAUACUCUGAUGCUCCAGCAAAGAUUUUGGACAACGAAUUUUUAAAGCAUUUUGUGAAAGUAUUUGGUCUGGAUCUUGAAACCACUGGAUUUUUCGAAAAAGGAAAGAUCGUUGAAAUUGCGGUCCGGGAUCUUCAUGGGGGCAAGAACAGUUGUUUCCAAACCCUGGUAAACCCCGAACAACAUGUUCCAAAUUCUCAUAUCCAUGGUAUAACAACCGACAUGGUGACACAUUCAGGUGUCCCAAGGUAUGCUUUGAUUCCAAUCCUUGUCGAAUACAUCAAAAGCCGCCAAGUACCCGGAGGGCAUGUUAUACUUGCAGCUCACAAUGCACGCUGUUUCGAUGUACCAUUUUUGCUCAAGGAAUUCAGCUGCUGCUCAUUUGACGUUCCUCCUGACUGGUUGUUUCUUGACACCCUUGCUCUGGCUCGAGAGUUGAGGAAAUUACAUGGAUCAAAGGCUCUUCCAAAGAUCUCACUUCAGGGUCUUCGUGAGUUCUAUAGGAUCCCUCUAGAGGGUUCAAAUCACAGGGCCAUGUCAGAUGUAAAUGUGCUAUCAUCUAUACUUCCCAACAUGACUUUUGACCUGAAGCUUGGUGUCGAUGACCUUUUGCAGAGGACUUUUAAGGCCUCGGCCUGCAACAUUACGUGAACGAGAACAUG